AUGGCGACAAAAGAGUAUUCGAGUCUAUGCGUCCCUGAUGUUUCAGCUAGCGAUGACUCUGAGGGUGCAGUCCCUAUUCAAUCCUGUGAGGUCAAUAGUCAUGCUAUGACAAAGCCCCAACAUCGCAAUAUCGUCAAGGCCAAUACGGGUAUGGCAAGACCUCGCGAGAUUGGACUGGCAAGAGUGAGAAUUGAUGCCCUAUCGAUAGCUGGGACGUCGAGGGCACAGCGGCUAAGCAAAAGUCCUGAACUUUCAGACAACACUUCAGAAGAUACACAAGAUGAGCUAGAGAGACCAGCAUUGGAAGAACCCAAGGAACAGCAGGCUGAGUCAGGGCCUCCGAAAAGCUGCGACUAUGUCGCCUCUACGCAGGAUUCUGGCGAAACUAGAGAGGCAUCCCCGUCUGCGAAUCCCGACAGGGACCAGCCUGAUAACCCAGAUGGCGGAAAUCAUGACAUGAAUGAGGACAGGACUUUACAGCCUCAGAAUAAUAUUUUCGAUGCCAGAGGAAUCGGAAGACCCCCAAGAUUUGCGUGUCCCUACCAAGCUUUUGAGCAAUUCCAAGUUUGCUUCAGACCUGGGCCUCGGAUUCCGAAUGGGGGAUGUGCCAGUAUCCAGCGGUUGAACACUUGUACCGUCGGCAUAUGCGGCCAUACCGCUGCACCAGAUGCUGGCAGUCGUUUGAGAAGAAAAGAUAGAUUAGAAGCUCAUGGCUCUCAGCCGGCGUUUUUCAUAUUCACGGAUAUGUCACCAAGUAAGAGAUUCAUGAGCCUGGAAGAUGAAACAGAUGUUGCCAAGUUAGGCUGCUUUGGUUCUCCAGAGGAAGCGUGGUGGAAAAUGUUUCAACUCCUUAUUCCUGGCGCGCAGAACACAGACUUGGAAGUCUUGAAAGUCCAGUAUUUCCCUUUAAGUCUCAGUCUCUCGAAGCGCUUGUAA